UCUUCAAAACAAUAUAAGAUAGGGCCACCAAUGACCAAAACUGUCAUUCUACGUCAGACGUAUUUGUCUUCCAAUGGCGAACUCAUCAACCCCCUAAUUUGGGCUAGAAUAGAUAGAGGGUUUGACUUCAAAAACGGCGAAUGGAUAGGAUACAAGAGAAACUACUUUACCUUGGUAUCGUCUUUUGAGUUUCCACAGAAAGAACUUUCAAUUCUUGAAAAUGACAGUGUCUAUUUGCUUGAUCCUGAGGGAACCCAAGUGCCUGUUCAUUUCUUUGCUCUAAGGCUCAUUUCCACAUGUAUAGAAGACAACUUUGAGGCUCCGUUGGCACAACAUACAGCAAAAAGAGACAGAGGACCGCUGUAUCCUCCGCGCAUCACUCCUGUUAUUCCAGCCAGGAUUCCUAGUCAUCUAGUCAUGAAAGAGAAUGCCAACAUAAGAAACUUACUGAAGCUCAAGCUAUUCAAUAGGUACUUUUAUUUGGAUCCUCAACACAGGAAGAAGGUAAAGCCAAAAUCAAUGCUAAAUACUUAUCCUGAAAUGGAAGUUUCGAGGGCCGUAAACUACGAUAGAGUCCAAUAUGCUGCUUCCUUUCAAUAUAGAAAAUCCCCCCCUGGAAAGAGGCACUAUGUGCUAAGGGUUGAACUUCUAGCAUACCCGAAGGAUAUGAGUCCGAUUACUGUAGCUUAUACGGAAACCCCACCACUAAUAGUCCGGGGAAGAUCACCUUCCAGUUAU